ACGGUCAUGCCUCCGAAGCCUGCUAAGCGUGCUACUCGCAGUGGGAGCAAGAAGCGGGACAAUACCAUGGACAGUGGUUAUAAAUCUCCCAGCUCCAGGAGGAUUGAUUGCAGAUGUUCACCUCAGCUUCUUUCGGCAAUCAUGAAGCUUAUCGUUGAAAAUGAUGAGCAGAAAGGUUACGUCACAGAAAUUGGGUUUGGGAGCUUCUUGUCCAUGGGAGAAUUUGAGAUGAAUAAGGCUCUUACCCUGUGGUUGAUUGAUAAGUUUGAUUGUGACAGUGAGGCUCUUGAGUUUGAAGGUGGCAUAUCGAUCCCAGUAAGACCACUCGUGAAGAGUGUCCUUGGAAUCCCUUCAGGCCCUAUCCAAGUUGUAGAGGACCUAGAUGUUGACGACUCUCUCUACUCUCAGUAUACUUCUAAUAGCAGAGCAAAGUAUGGGAAGGACGUGGCAAAUGAACUGUGCUGCAUAACUGACAAUGAACCGUUCUGUAUAGCAUUCAUGAUGACGAUACUUGGAAUUUAUCUAGCACCAAAUACAUCUGGGGCCGUCAACAGGGCCUUACUGGGAGCUGUUAAGCAGGUUGAUAAACUCAAAGAGAUGGACUGGUGCAAUUUCGUUGCUACCUACCUCUUCCAAGAAAUCAAGGAAUUCAAAGAAUCCAACACAACUUUUGUUACUAUAAAGGGUUGUGUCCACAUAUUGAGCGUCAUAUUCAUUGAUUUUGUGAAAGAUGCAGCGUUUGAAGUACCAGUUGGUUUUCCACGCUUGGGUGUUGUCACUACAGAACAUAUGAAAUGGGUCGUUUCACAUCCCUUCACUAGCCUGUUGGUACGUCGUCCAGAAGAGUCAGUCUAUGCUGCCGUGCUUGAUAGCAUGUCAAAAGAUAACAUUGUCAAAGAUGGGAAAUGUGUUGAUUCUGAAACAAAUAUUGAUGCCCUGUCUGAUAAGUCUGCUCCCUGCAACAACGAUCAGAAUAACAACAAGCAUCCCAUUUCAGCAGAGCUUGGCACUGCCAUCACAAGUCCCAGUACAACAAGCUGGGCCAUUGGUGAACAUGUAGAGUUAGGCACAUUACCUCGAUCAGCAGCACCUGGCUCCUUCUCAGAACACAUAAAUUAUCAAACAAGUGGCGAGCAACUGCAGUCUUCUAGGCCUUGUUCUGAACCGUGUUCUGCACAAGUGCAUGUUUCUCCAGAUGACCCUGAGGGGAUGAACCGGUGUUCCACAUCGCCGACGGAGAAUGCUGGCGAUCGGUGCGCCAAGAAGGCAAGGGUUGAUCGGCCCAGCAAUGUCCAAGCUAAGCGAGUCCAAGGAGUUGCAGUUCUGGACUUUAGUGUGCUCAAUUGCACCCUCUGCUCCUGCCCUUUAAAGCGUCCUGUUUUCCAGUGCAUUGGCAGGCAUUUAGCUUGCGGCAUAUGUCUCACCAAGUGCCCCGGUGAGCAGUGCCAGAUGUGCGAGCAUGGCGGUGGCUUCAUCCCAUGCCCCAUUAUGGACGACAUCGUUUCGUUGGCCAUGGUAGAAUGUUCCCACGACAGCUGCAAGAGCUCCAUCCCCUACCACGAGCUUGACAACCACGAGAGCGCGUGCCCCCAUGCGCCCUGCUAUUGCACGGAGCCCGGUUGUGGUUUCGCUGGCCCACCGCAGGUGCUACUCGGCCACCUCGCCGCCCUGCACUUUGUGCCGAUGUUGACGGUCAAGUAUGGCAAAGUGCACCGGCUCCGGGUGUCGGAGCCUCGAUUCCUGCUUCACGGGGAAGGGGACGACAGCGCGUUCCUCCUCACCGUGGGCGUGCUUGGCACAGCCAUGGUCGUGUCGGCUGUGUGCAUCAGGGCAGGAGCGUCGCCGCUGCCCCGGUACGCGGCCAAGCUUUGGGUGAACGGUCCUCCACCACCGAGCAGCGCGGCAGGCAAAAUCAAGUGGGAGUUGGAGACGGUGAUGAGCAGCACCAGGCCUGGCGAGGUGGUGGUGGAGGAGCUGCCGUCUUUCUUGACGGUGCCACCUGCGUAUCUGGUUGGGUCAGGGGCGUCCAAGGAGGUGACUCUGGCCAUUUGCAUUGACAAGAUGUGAUCGAUCAGUUGAGUAGGAAGUCUUACUCUAGCGCAACUAGUACUUGACAUACAGGAGCUUGUAGCAAUAACAUCAUGGUAUAUCUGGUGGGUUUGACGUCGGAAGACACAUGGCGAGGAUGUGCCACCAAUGGCAAGGUGUGCGAUGCCCAUCCGAGCCCUGGUUGCUAAUCAUUCUAAGGCUGCCUCAGAAAUGACAUGCAAAAGGCACGGUUGGUUUAAGCCACGGUUGGGGUUUGUUAAACUGAAUGUGGAUGCAGCGUUUAAUUCUGAAUAUCA